AUGGCCAAAGGCAAGGAUCGCAAGUACUACAUGGUCGGCGGCAAGGGCGGCGUCGGCAAGACCUCCCUCUCGUCCUCCUUGGCCGUCAGGUUCGCCACCGCGGGCCACCACACGCUGCUCGUGUCCACCGAUCCGGCGCACUCGCUCUCCGACUCCCUCGCGCAGGACGUCACCGGCGGGCUCCCGGUGGCGGUGGAGGGGACGGACGGGAUGAUGUACGCCAUGGAGGUGGACCCUGAUCAGGCUAAGGCCGAGUUCGCCGCCUUCGCGAAGCAGGCCGACGUCUCCGCGGGCGCCAAGGACUUCAUGUCCAGCGUCGGUCUGGGCGGGCUCGCCGAUCAGCUCGGCGAUCUCAAGCUCGGCGAGUUACUCGACACCCCGCCCCCGGGCCUGGACGAGGCUAUCGCGAUCGCCAAGGUGGUGCAGUUCAUCAAGGACGAGAAGUACGCCAAGUUCACGCGCAUCGUGUUCGACACCGCGCCCACGGGGCACACCCUGCGGCUGCUCUCGCUGCCCGACUUUCUGGAUGCAUCCAUCGGAAAGAUCGUGCGGCUGCGGCAGAAGCUCACCUCCGCCGGCGACGCGGUCAAGUCCCUGUUCGGCGUCGCCGACGAGGCGCAGGACGAGGCCGUGGUCAAGCUCGAGAGGCUCAAGGCGCAGCUGCAGGAGGUGAAGGACCUGUUCCGAAACGAGGACACCACCGAGUUUGUCAUCGUGACGAUCCCUACGGUGCUCGGCAUCAGCGAGAGCGGCCGCCUGCUCGCGGAGCUGCGCAAGGAGGGGGUCCCCGCGCGCAGGCUCGUGGUCAACCAGAUCAUCAACGCUGCGGUCACGUUCUGCACGGUCAAGGCGAAAGAUCAGCGCAGGGCGAUGGAGAUGCUGGACGCGGACGCGGGGCUGAGGACGCUGAAGAGGAUCGAGGCGCCGCUGUUCGACAUGGAGAUCAGGGGCGUGCCCGCGCUGCAGUUCAUGGGGGGACAGGUGUGGACAGACUGA